CUUUAGUUUGACAUCAUUCUGUCGCAUGAUGCUUCUAUUUUUAAUAUUACGUCUGAUCAUUAACAAACGUCAAAUAUGCGUUGACCAUAUUUUUGGUGGGGCAGGUAAAGUUCUUGAGAAGCGCCAACCUCGAGCGUCAUAUCUAUCAAUUUCUCCCACUCAGUAUAUAGGUAAGCCGGCUACCGUCUUUUAAAAACCCCCAGAACUCUUGCUAGUGGAUUAUUUUACCAUUUAAGUUGGACUGUCGGUAUCUUGUUUGUCCUCUACUGAUAAGAACUAGUUCAGUGUUAGUGCAAGUUUGAGUCUGUGACACGAUGGAGGUGAAGUACAAAAUUAACUCACGGCUUCUGAUAUUACUGAUGUUAGGGACCAUCAUGACGUGCAGCGCCUUCCUGAUGUUUGUGUACCACCCGCUGCAACUCAUCAUCAAGAAGGUGGCUACUUUAGCACCAGGUACAAUUUUCACAAAACUGUGGUCAGCUCCACCAUACAGUGUUUACAUCGAUACGUUCAUCUUCAACGUAACGAACUCUGAAGAGUUUUUGGCGGGAAAAGAAAAACUGAAGGUGGUACAAGUGGGGCCUUAUGUUUACCAAGAGAUCUUAUUAAACAAUAAUGCCACUUUCAACGAGGAUGGAACCAUGACAUUUCAACCACGUCGGUAUUUGAAAUUUCAAAGAGAAAUGUCCGUUGGAGACCCCAAAGAAGACAGAAUCAUAUCUCCCAAUAUACCCUUGCUGGGUAUAACUGCGUCCCUUGAAAACGACUUUUUUGCAAACUUAGCCGUCUCUGGAAUAAGCAAAGCCCUGAACACUCAAUCGUUCCUCAACCUUUCCGUUGCUGAGUACUUGUGGGGUUACGACGACCAGCUGGUCACCCUUGCCCACAAAGCAAUCCCUUCAUGGAUCAACUUCGAGAGAUUUGGAAUCCUCGAUAGGCUAAUGGCUUUAGAUAACGCAAGCAACAUAGUCACUCUUAACCUUCACCCAGACAAGGUUUCCGCCAGUCCCAUCCUCACAGAAGCUGAAAGAUUAGCCGUGUACCAUAUCCAUCGCUGGAACGGAUCUCCUGGGUUGAAACAUUGGGGUUACAUCGAUAGUGACGAACCCGUCGCAACCAACAGCAGGUGUAACAUGGUGGAAGGAGCUUUCGAUGGUACCGUGUUUCCUCCAAACGUGGGCGAAAACACAACCCUCAAAAUGUACAGACGUGCCUUUUGCCGGCCCGUCCCGUUUAACUAUAAGGAACCCAUACAAACUAAAACUGGACACAGUGGGUUGAUUUUCGAAGUGGAUCCUUUAUUUUUGGCAACGCCUAAAGAGAAUCCGGAAAAUUCGUGUUACUGUGUUAAAGGGAAGUGUCCUUUGAAAGGAUUGGGUUCUUUGUCUCCUUGCUACUACGAUAUUCCUAUAAUGAUAUCGCAACCGCACUUUUAUAACGCUCAUCCCGUUCUACUGCAACAGAUUGAAGGGAUGCAACCUAAUAAAGAAGAUCACGAUUCUUAUUUCGUUCUACAGCCACAACUAGGUGUACCAAUUGAGGCGAGUCUUAAGAUACAAAUUAAUUUAGAUAUAGGUCAAACUAGAUAUAAUGCUAAAACGGAACCUUUCAAUGGUCUAGUUCUACCACUGUUUUGGUUGCAAAUGAGGUUAGGUGAUAUUCCUCACGAAAUAAAUCUCUUGAUUACGAUACUAUUUCAAGUACUACCUGUAAUACAACAAAUUUUAAUCUACUUGCUAGGUUUAUGUGGUCUAGGUUUAAUGUCAGCUUCCGCUUUAUUAGCUUUGUUUGUUUCAAGAGACGAAACAAACGGUAGGCUAAGUUUUAGAGGGGACUAUAGCCCCAUUCCUAUAAUUCCAAUUAAUUCACCUUACUUUAAACCAGAUGUUAGAAUAUUAAAGUAAUCUUUAGGUUAGAUAAUUUAUGCCUGUGUAGUUAUUAGCGUCCGUGACGUUUUAGAGACUGAAUUAUUUAUGUUGUACAUAUCCCUGAAAGCUUAGUUCUAAGAUUUUAAGAUUAGCUCAUGGUUUUUACUAUUUUAUAAUAAACCUUUUUAUGAA